CCUAACCUCGGCGCCGCCGCCGCCGCCGCCACUCGUUUGCUCCGCUCCGUGCCGCGCCGCGUCGCGUCGUGCUCCGCUCCGCGCGAUGUCAGGCGUAUCCUCCGUUUAGUGCGACGAGACGGCGACGACAUGCACACCCACGGGCUUCCUUCUUCCACUGCGUCGCACCGUUGAUCAACGGCUGAUCAUCAAGGAAGAAGGUGCAGUGUCGUUGCGACACGGACGAGCGGAACGCGCUGCAGUUCCCGCAUCGCGCCGGGAACGAUUAACAUAUGUACGAGCGCGUUCGAAACAGUGCCGCGAGCUUAGCCCUAUACGUGACUGCUUUGGAGCUCGCGCGAGUCGGGAAAGUUCAUUCCCAGGGGAAGAGGUGGUCCCUCGUCGUGGGAUCGGUGAAUCCACCCAGCAUCUGUCCGAGCACGCACCACCCAUCAUUCAUCAGGCCGCGCGGUUAAUGUCCCCCGGAUCGUGCCAGAGAGCAAACGCCACGCGGAACCCGUUGGUCCUUCCAGUCAUGUAAUACCACGAGGAGCCGGCCAAAUUAGCGGAAUUCAGUAGUAGUGAACGUUCCUCGACUCCGUUCCCACUCAAAUCUCGUCUCGUCUGAGUCUGAGCGCGGAGACUGGGUGAUGAGCUCGGGGCACAAGCGGAAGAGCGCCGUUGAAAGAUGUUCCGCUCCAAGAUUCGCAUUCACACGUGUCAAGUGAUACUGCUGACGUCGCUAGUAUGGUUCCUGGUCGACGUCAUGGUGCUGAUGCUCUAUUCGGACUGCAUCGGAGGGUCCGGAUGGAGCUGCUCGGAUAAUAAGCAACAGCAGCAACUGCAACAGGCGCUAUCCGAGGAGCCGCCUCAGCGGUUUCAUCCGAAAAUACCGGUGAGAGAGACGUCGUCCAAGCAAGAGUCCAGCAAGAGACAAUAUUCGCAGUCGAGGCUGCACCUGUGGCGGCCGGCGAAGGUCAUCCGCGAGAACAAAGGCAGUCCUGGCGAGAUGGGGGCGGCGGUGCACAUUCCGCCUGAGAAUGAAGCUAAACAGCAGGAGCUGUUCAAGCUGAACCAGUUCAAUCUAAUGGCCAGCGACAUGAUUUCCUUAAAUCGAUCCUUAAAGGAUAUCAGGCUCGACGGCUGUAAGAAUAAGAAAUAUAAUAAGUAUCUUCCAGACACGAGUAUCGUUAUAGUUUUCCAUAACGAGGCAUGGACCACCCUGCUAAGGACAGUCUGGUCCGUCAUAAACAGAUCUCCCAGAUCGUUGCUGAAGGAGAUCAUCCUAGUGGACGAUGCGAGUGAGCGCGAGCACUUGAAGCAAGACCUAGAGGACUACAUAGCGACACUACCGGUUCCCACGUACGUGUUCCGCACCGAGAAGAGGUCGGGUCUGAUAAGAGCGAGGUUGCUCGGGGCGAAGCACGUGAAAGGACAAGUUAUCACGUUCCUGGACGCGCACUGCGAAUGCACCGAAGGCUGGCUGGAGCCGUUACUCUCGAGAAUCGCAAAUGACAGGCACACCGUAGUUUGCCCGAUCAUAGACGUGAUCAGUGACGACACUUUCGAGUACAUCCCGGCCAGCGACAUGACGUGGGGAGGCUUCAAUUGGAAGUUAAACUUUAGAUGGUACAGAGUCGCGCAGAGAGAAAUGGACAGAAGGAACAGCGAUCGAACAGCACCGCUACGAACACCCACCAUGGCUGGUGGAUUGUUCUCCAUCGACAAGGAAUACUUUUAUGAAUUAGGCGCGUACGAUGAAGGCAUGGACAUCUGGGGCGGUGAAAAUCUUGAAAUGAGUUUUCGAGUGUGGCAAUGUGGCGGAACAUUAGAAAUCAGUCCGUGCUCACAUGUGGGACAUGUAUUCCGGGACAAGAGCCCAUAUACAUUCCCCGGCGGUGUCAGCAAGAUAGUCCUGCACAAUGCGGCCAGGGUGGCCGAAGUCUGGAUGGAUGAGUGGAGAGAUUUUUACUAUGCCAUGAAUCCAGGCGCGCGGAAUGUCGAUGUCGGUGACGUGUCCGAGCGGGUGAAGCUCAGAGAACGACUGAAGUGCAAGAGUUUUAGAUGGUACUUGGAGAACAUAUACCCAGAAUCGCCGAUGCCGUUAGACUAUUACUAUCUCGGCGACGUGAAGAACGUCGAGGCGCAAACCUGCUUAGACACGAUGGGCAGGAGGACCGGAGAGAAUGUUGGAAUUAGUUACUGCCAUGGAUUAGGUGGCAAUCAGGUAUUUGCUUACACUAAACGGCAACAGAUAAUGUCCGACGAUAUGUGCCUUGAUGCAGCUAGUCCGCAAGGUCCUGUGAAGAUCGUACGGUGUCACGGAAUGGGUGGUAAUCAAGCGUGGGUGUACAACGACGAGACCAAGAUGAUCAAACACACGAACACGGGCCACUGUCUGUCGAAACCCCACUCGGGCGACGCGUCGCAACCCAUCUUGACGCAAUGCGAUUCCAACAACAUCGGUCAAAAGUGGAUUAUGCGUAGCAAAUUCAAGUGGCAAGCCAGCUAAUACACAAAUCGACUCUAAACGCAAGAUUUUCACGCAAUAUUUGUUAAUAUAUUUAAUAAUGAUACUGAUAAACUCUUUGCUCCGCGGGAUAUUCGAGUGCGCGAGAACGAAAGAAAAGAAGAGAAAAGAACCAAGUAUUACAAUCACGAAGAAGAAACGUAUCACGUCUAAUUAGCGAUUGAGAUUGGCGUCGGCACAAUAAUCGAUACGAUUACGAAGGGACAGUACGCGAGAGGAAAAUCGACUAUUGUUCGAGCGCGAGAUCGGACAGAAGAUUGUAGCUAAUUCAUUUGAUCCUGUAGGAUUCAAUUACCAAUGAUAUUAAGGUCGGAAAUUUACUGCCAUUCCUUGUGCUACGCAUUGAUUUGACACGCAAGUGUGACAGGAAUGAACUUCUCCGAUCGUGUGUGAACAUGAGUGAUACUAAACGACGAACAAGUGAACGACGUUUUCUUUUUCUUCUUUCCUGACUUGAACAGCAGAGAAGAAAGCAUAUCAGACCACUGUUAUAAAUAAUUGUUGAUACAAGAGAGAGAGAGACAUAUUUGAUAACUGCGGAUGAGUGCAAUGACGGAUGACUGACCGUUAGAUGCGGUGCAAUGAUGAAAUGUGAAUAUGCUAGAAUAUACAAUACGCUCUGUCAUUUUAUUGCGAUAUCAUGACGGAGUGGAAUGCUGGAAUGCUAGUGAAAUCGAUGUGACGCUAAACUGCGCGGUAAUAUAGGAAUGAUUAUUGUACAAUCCACUAAUUAAUUAAGGAAAAGCACCGGACCUUUUUAUAUUCAUGUUUCUGAUAGUUCCUCGUUGCAUCUCGUUCGUAUAAUUUAAUUGUUACGCAUCAUUUUGCGCAAAGAAUGUACUUAUCCGAGAAUGCCUGAAUCUAAUUCAUAGAGCGAGGUUGCAGAACUUUGCAUUUCGUCGGAUUUUAGUUUAAACGCGUACGAUUGUCGACUGUCGUUUAUUACAGAGACCUAACACGCGAUUUGUGAAUGUACAGAGUGUCUUCCAUGUCUUAACGAUAACAGACGAAUAUUACUCCGGCACGAUCAGCCGUCGUGUACAUUCGCGACACAUUGUAUUUGUUAAUCACGCGUAUCCAAAAGAUGCUUGACCGGUGAGUGAUGGUGCCAUAAAAAAAAUUACGCCGUUUAAUUGCUUUCGAACUCGAACGUCGCGAUACCUUUAAGUGCGCGACAAGGCUGGACUCAACAGUAAAUAGAAGAUCCAUAAAGAACUUCGAGUCGAAACAAAAUUAAGUUUUAUUUGAGCGUGGCGCUUUAUAGCGCGACCACUCACCAAGAUUAAUAAUCCUCGGUAAAUUUAGUUGGAAUGCGACAUCAAUAUAAAAAAAAAUCAUGUUCGUGAUAUUUUACAAAAUUGACAAACAGAAUUGUUUGUCUCAAAUUUCGGCACCAUUGUCUUUAAGAUUAUAAUUAUCAUUCGAAUGUCUUUCUUUUCCUUCGUAAGUGUUAUAAAACUUACAAAAGUUUUGCUCAACAUCAAAGAUUCGUAAAUAUGUUGCGAACAGAAAUAUAUUCAAUAUUUGCGCUCUCGCGAGACAACUUCCGAUACAAUUUUAAGACUAAUUCCUUCCCGUGUAAAUGCUACUGAAUUGACGCGAGUAUAUUCAUUAUUCCUAUGUAAUUUAAAAGAAUGUUAUGGUGAUGGUGCAACGUUAAUAGCUUGAUACAUUUGUCUUCUAAGACUGUGGUAUUUUAUUUUUGUAUAGAACACGAAUUGACAUAUAUAUGUUGAUAAGCGAUGUGUUAGUCCACCUUAUAGACGAGUGAUAAAAUGUUCGAUCGCGUUAUAGUUCGCUAAAAUGGCGAGAAACAAUAGUCAAUAGCAUCUCCUUGCAAACACGUCAUUCCUUGCAGGCUAGUUCUACACUUGAUUUCACUUUAUGAGAAAUACUACUCUAUUAACGAAUAAAAUUGCUAAUGAACGAUUACUACAUUUUAAUCAUUUGUUCAACAAACGACAUUUCGAGCUUCACACAGUUCAAUCGAUUAUAAUAGUAGAGCAGAUCUAAUAUUAUUAUAAUAAUCUGAACUGUGUAAGCGUAAUCUUUUUAAAGACAAUAAAAUAAUUUGUAUACUUCUA